UCCGGGGCGGAGCCAGGGAGGGCGGGAGUUUAGGCUGCGCUGACCCCUCAGCCCCCCUCCAGGAGACGUUCGGAGCCCGGGACAUGUCGGGAUUGAGGCGAUACGAAGUGGCGCUGGAGGCGGAGGAGGAGAUCUACUGGGGCUGCUUCUACUUUUUCCCCUGGCUGCGCAUGUGGCGGAGGGAGCGGAGCUCGGCGCACCCCCGGGAGCAGAAACUGGAGCCUCUGCGGGGACUGAUGAGCUGUCUGUCAAGCGGCCUGGGCCCAGCUCCCCAGCGCUCGGGUCGCGGCCUCCCCCGCCGUCCCCCCCCGCCACUGCCCAGCCCGCCGGUGCAUUAAAGAUUUAAAGCCACUUGCUGCCCUCCU